AUGUGCGCCGUCGGGGUGACCGUCGAUGAUGAGCGCUUCAACCCCCUUCGCAGCACGGUGAUGCGUCUCGUGUUUCGGACCGAGACAGCUUAUUAUGCCGUUCUUAUGGCCAGUGCACAUUAUCUGCGAUCAGUUGAAAGUAGGUUCGAAUUAAUGGAAAUCCAAAUCCGCUCGAGGGUCCUUAGAGGCUUGCGGCGAGCCUUGAUGAAAGAGGAUUUGGAUUGGGAGGAUUUUUGUGACGGCUCCUGGGUAAAGCAUCUCGCCUGUUUCCAGUUGAUCGUGAAGGAGAUGGCCCAUGGCCGCAGAAACGCUCCUUCAGUACCACAAUUCUUCAUUAGCUACUUCUCCGCGCAUCUUGUCCUAGCCAAAUCGGUGUUCUCGAUUGAAGACAUACUGCCUGUCGGUGAAAUACCAACUAGCCCUACUAAACCCAACUCCUUAGUCCACUCGACGAACACCGAAAGGGUAUCAUGGACUUCCACCAAGGAUCUCGUCAAGGUGAUGCCAGCGGACACUUUUCAUGAAAUUGACAUGUGGAACGGCCUCAGUAGCCACAUGCUGCUGCUCAUAAACGAAAUUUUGAGUCUUAAGCAAGAUGCCCAAGCAUUCUGUCACCAAUCCUCGGAUCCAUGCACUGCCCAGCUAGCAGCACAGCAGAAACAUGCAGAAAUCUCGGAUAAGAUCACAACCUUGGAAGCAAGUCUAGCUGCAACAACACAGAUAAUCCCCGUUUCCUUAUACAAAAAUCGCAGCUCGGCCGAGUCCAAACAUGGCUUUCGCUUAUUGAAAAGCACAAGCGAGGCAUAUCGUUUGGCAGCCUAUCUCCUCCUAUCGGAGGCAGCUAGUCCUCACUUCCUCGGGUAUACCCCAGCUACCACGCAGAGUAUUGAACAACUGAGGGAUACGGCUCAGAGGGCACAAUAUGUAGACCGAAUCUUUCACCUGGCGAAUUACGUGGUAUCAUCGGUGGAUCAUCUCCCCAUCUCCUGGCCUCUAUGGCCCCUAUUCAUUGCCUCCUGUUGCUGUUCACGGGAUGAAGAGACUAGAGCGCGAGAAAUUUUUUGUACCGCCAGAGACAAGGCUCCAUAUGAGAAUAUUCCGCGAGCUCAGACAUUAGUCGAACUACUCUGGAAGCGCAGGGGCACACAGGUGGAGUCGGGCAACAGCUUACGAGUCGGUCGAUUCGAGUGGGAAUCUGUGAUGGAAUCUCUUGGCUGGCAGACGAGCUUUGCUUAA